AUGGACUCCGCGAGAAGCUGGGUGCUUGCCGCGGCUUGUGCUUGGAUCAACAUAUUUUCCUUCGCUAUGUUUCGAGCGGCACCGGUGAUCUACGUCGGCAUCAUGGGGACCUACCACGUGACCCGCCAGCAGGCUGCGUGGCCACUGUUCAUCACCCUCGUGAUCUACACUACCGCCGCUCUCGGGGCCGGACUUUUGACGAGAUGCGUGGCAGUAUGGAAGCUGACCUUGACGGGGUGCCUUCUAAGCUCUCUGUCCGUCUCUGUCUGCUUCUUCGCAAACGGGAUUCCAUACCUGUCAUUCUUCCUGGGCGUUGUACACGGUUGCGGCAUUGCCCUUUUGACACUCUGCAACACAGUCAUCAGUCAGAACUUCCUCCGCUACCGGACAGUCGCAUCGGGGAUUAGCAGUGCAGGCAUCACCCUGGGUAGCUUUCUCUACCCAGUGCUUGUGCAGUUCCUUUUCGACGAGUAUGGUACGAGGGGAGGCUUGCUCCUGUGCGGCGGCGUCAUGCUCAACGCUACUGCUGGCGCACUUCUUCACCGACGGCCACCCACUGCACAACGAGAGCCAGUUGCCUUAUUUGGUAAUGCUGCACCACGUCUGAACUGCCCGAUGAUUGACAAUAGAAGUAGACUGAUUCCGCAGUACAUUUCAGAUAAAGGGAGCCCCAACACAUUCCAAGACGAAGAACGGUUUGCAUGUGAGAUGGAUGAUUGUUGGGAAAAAAAAUACCUCACCGUUUGCACAGACGUCGCAGACGCUGAAGCUGCUAGCGAUCUUCUCAAGAAGAGUGAUGCAAAGGCUCUGCAACAGGCGGGUGAACCCGAUUAUAGGUGUAGGACGGUGGAAGGUUCGUUGCAAAAACAACACGACGGAGUAUCUGAGCCCAUCCCGGUUACAAUGAAUGCUGCCCUGGUGUCCUUCCUGAGGCUUCCCAAAUUUUACCUGAUCACUGUUUCGCAUACCCAAAUUAUGGCAAACAUGUCCACUUACAUAACUGUCAUUGUAGACUUCGCAAUGGACAGAAAAGUUUCCAAGUGGGACUCCGUAUUUCUGUUGUUAAUUUAUGCAACGGCAGAUUUGUUGGCGAGAAUAGGGUCUGGCUGGAUCACGGACAAAAGAAUGCUGAAGAAGAGCGUAAUGAUGGCCUUGAACUUUCUGCUCUGGGGCACAUCACUGUUCCUGAUGCCUCUCUGCUAUUCCUUUUAUCUUCAUGCUCUGUUGGCCUUUUUGGCGGGCUGGUGCAAUGGCGCCACCAUCAUCAUGAUACCUGUGCUUCUCAUGGAACAUGUGGGCCUCGAAAAGUUCAGUGUGUGCUUUGGUGCCUCGUUCCUUCUGUGCGGGCUCCCACUUCUGAUGAUACCGGGGCUGAUUGGUUACUUUAGAGACAGCCUUGGAAACUACCAGAGACUAUUUUUCCUGCUUGGUGGCCUAACCUUGCUCAACGGCUUAUUAUGGUUGCGAUCUUUUUCCCAAGAGAAGGCAAAGACGGUUUCGGAAGGCGAAUCUAAGAACGGAUCGAUCAUUAGGUCAUCACACUCCUUGCAGAACUCAGAAGGUUGA